AACAACUCAGUUAACAUUUUUUACCGGAAAUAAAAAGUAUCGUAAAAGUGUUUCUAAUAUGUAUCUUCUAAUAUUAGUUGUGUUAUGUGCAGUGUUUGAAGGAUAUGCAUCUAAUGCACCAUUGGUUCAGCCAUGCCUGUUGGGAGAUUCGGAAUGCCUCAUCAAGGCAAACACUCGAAUCGCCCUCUCCAGAAUCGGCUAUGGAUUACCAGAGUUCGGAAUUGAAUCUUUAGAACCAAUGAGAUUAAGAAACAUAACGAUGGGAGCAUACGGUUUUUCAUUAGUUUUUCGAGAAAUGAACGUAGCUGGUGCUUCGAAGUGUAACAUCGAAGACAUAAACUUAAAUUUCGUACAAUCUACUAUGGGAGUAACUUUAGAAUGCCCACUGGAAGCUACAGGGUCCUUCAAAAUGUCUGGAAAUAUUUGUUUCUUUGACGUCAACCACGAGGGAAAUUACAUUGUUAAAACAGAUUCUAUCAGAACUACAGUUAAUUCGAGGGUGGAUACUGUUUAUGGCGCUGAUGGCCACAGAUAUUGGAAAUUGACUCUUUUGGGUUAUUCGUACGAGCCUCUUGAAAACCUUCACAUUGGUCUGGGAAGGCUGUUUGUAGGAGAAGUGACUAGAGCCUCACCUCUAUACAAAGUGGUAAGCAACAACUGGUGGCCGCUGGUAUCACAGGUCGCCGAGCCGGCAGUCAGCACCGCUGUCAACCGUUUCCACGACGUCCUCAAAACCUUCUUUCUCCGCGUACCUCUCGAACAACUGGCCAAAUAGUUAAUUACCAACUAAGAUUUUUAUGUCUACUAGUUCUCGAAUACCUACCAAGAUUUUCUUCCUCAAUUAAUUAAUAAAUACUAAAAUAAAAUUAAAACUAAUGAAUUGAAUAAAUGUUAUUUGAAUUAUGGCAACACACAAAAAAUAUUGUUAAGUUAAUCAACGUGUUUAUUUCAUCUACGACAAGCUGUCCCAGUUGUAUCAAAUAUGAUUGAAAUUAGUAAUUUCAGAUGUCUUGU